UGAAUGGACUCGUCCAAAGGCGGGGGAUACUUCUCACGCUCACCUCCUAAACGCCCAGGCGUAACCCAAAAAAAGUAGCAUACCAAUUACAGAUCAACCUAUAGGCGAUUCCUUCGGAUUAUACUUUCCCGCGGCUCAUCCCCCCCUCCGUACGCGGAGGCUUCAUCCCCUGCGACCACAGGAGCUGGGAGGAAGGAGGCGAAGGAAGGGGCAUGCUCCCAGCCUGAGUGGCCGCGCCCCGGCCGGUCCACAUAAGUUGGCUGGCCCCUGAGUGGGCAGACGCUCGCCGGCUCCAUCCCUGUCCCUCCACCCGAGGUGGGCCACCAGCUGCGGGAUGAACUGCCGUUCGGAGGUGCUGGAGGUGUCCGUGGAGGGGCGGCAGGUGGAGGAGGCCAUGCUGGCCGUGCUGCACACCGUGCUCCUACAUCGCAGCACGGGCAAGUUCCACUACAAGAAGGAGGGCACCUACUCCAUUGGCACUGUGGGCACCCAGGAUGUUGACUGUGACUUCAUCGACUUCACCUACGUGCGCGUCUCCUCCGAUGAGCUGGACCGGGCCCUGCGCAAGGUUGUCGGGGAAUUUAAGGAUGCCUUGCGCAAUUCCAGUGGCGACGGACUAGGGCAGAUGUCCCUGGAGUUCUACCAGAAGAAGAAGUCGCGCUGGCCGUUCUCAGACGAGUGCAUCCUAUGGGAAGUGUGGACGGUCAAGGUGCACGUGGUGGCUCUGGCCACUGAGCAGGAGCGGCAGAUCUGCCGGGAGAAGGUGGGCGAGAAGCUGUGUGAGAAGAUCAUCAACAUUGUGGAGGUGAUGAACCGCCACGAGUACCUGCCCAAGAUGCCCACGCAGUCGGAGGUGGACAACGUGUUCGACACCGGCUUGCGGGACGUGCAGCCUUACCUCUACAAGAUCUCCUUCCAGAUCACCGACACCCUGGGCACCUCCGUCACCACCACCAUGCGCAGGCUCAUCAAAGACACCCUCGCCCUCUAGGGGCACUGCGUCUGGGGUUCUGUGUGGCUCCAGCCUUGGUAUCUGGGGAAGUUACUGUUGAGGCCCCUGGGGCGCUGGACACCUGCUCUGGGUCCUGAGCGCAGACUUGGAAGGGACAGCUCCUGGCUUCCUUGUUU